AUGUUGCAUGCCUCAAAAUGUUACGACGCUGAACACACUCAUUUGAACGUUAUAUACGACUAGUGUUCAUGGGAAAGGUUGUUUCUUUGCUUUCUCAUCCUGUGUAUAUAUAAGCGAUAACGCAUGGAUUGGACUACGUUACCCAGAAGCUUUAGACCACAUUAUGGGUGAGUUCGUAAAUUCGCUCAGAGUAACUGAUUAAUUUAUGAACGCUCAACACCCGUUGAGUAUGGCCGGUGUCAGUAAACCUCGGAAAAAGGCGUAAUUAAAUGGUUGCUAUCAGCGUCACCAAAGCUCUGAAUAACAUGAACACAGCAUAACCAGCGCGAGAAAGGGCGAGAAACAUUGUCAGAUUGAGGUGUUCUCUCAUUUAUGCCAGGAAGUAGCUAGCAUGCUAGCUAACUUUAGCCAGUUAGCUUGGGUGCUUCACUGCCGUUGUGAGGUCAGAACGCUCAUAUCAACCCUACUCCUCGGCUAUAGCGUCCAGUAUGCCCUCCGAGAGCGAAACACUCUGAAUUUACGUAAAUUCAGAGCGGCCAUGUCCUCUGGCACUCCAGAGUAAAUUUACGAACGCACCCUAUAAUGGUGACGUGUAGUUCUGUGGAUCAUCCACAUGAUUCUGAACGUAGAACAGGUCAAGAGGGGUUUCAUUAAUUACUACAGUCACAAUUGGCUAUCGUAAAAAGGAUAUGGUUAGUCAUAAGGUUAGCAGUGUAUUUAAGGGUUAAGUUUAAAGUUUUAAAGAAGAUACAUUGUAGAUAUAGGCGGGGUUUAUGACUUAGUGGCUGUGGUAAAUAGUGACAACAUUCAUCCAUUCCGAAACUGAUGAGGCGAUUAGCCUAGAUUUUGUUUUACUACGUUUCAGUUCGGUGGUGAUCAAUACUUGACAAUGGCUGGGGAAAUGUCUAUGAUCGGAUCGGUCAUUCUGGCUUUAUUUCUGGCUGGCUAUCUGGGCCAGCAGUAUCUGCCUCCACCGAAACCCAAAGUGAUCGGCCUAGAUCUGGGGACCACUUUCUGCUCCGUAGGAGUAUUCCACUCGGGUACCGGGGAUGUGGAGGUGAUAGGGGAUGAGGAGGGGCGGAAGAGCAUCCCGAGUGCGGUGUCGUUCACGUCUACCGAAGUCCUCGCCGGUCACGAGGGUCAGAAUCUGGCCGACAGCAAUCCUGAAAACACCAUCUAUGAUGCCAAGCGGUUUAUUGGAAAGAUAUUCGAACAAGAGCUCCUUGAGCAGGAAAGUGCUCGUUAUCCAUUCAAGGUGAUAAAUAACAAUGGCAGUGCAGAGUUCUUUGUCACCACUAACCAGACGUUCACAGUUACUCCUGAAUUCAUUGGUUCUCGGCUGCUGCUGAAGAUGAGGAAGAUGGCGGAGCGUCACCUGGGUGUCCCCAUUCAGAGGGCUGUUAUCUCUGUCCCUGCUGAGUUUGAUGAGAGACAGAGGAACUACACCAUCAGGGCUGCCAACCUGGCCGGACUGGACAUCCUGCGUGUGAUCAACGAGCCCACAGCUGCAGCGAUGGCGUAUGGGUUACACAAGGUGGACGUGUUCAACGUGCUGGUGGUAGACCUGGGAGGAGGAACGCUGGAUGUCUCUCUGCUCAACAAACAGGGGGGCAUGUUCCUCACCAGAGCCAUGGCAGGUAACAACAAGCUGGGGGGACAGGACUUCAGCCAGAGGCUGCUCCAGUACACCAUGGAGAGGGUCCGCCAGCAGUACGGCGUUCCCCCCACCCUCAAAGAGGACAUCCACCACCUCCGCCAGGCUGUGGAGGCAGCCAAGCUCAACCUCACCCUGCAGCCCAGCGCUGACCUCAGGGUACCCCUGCACCUGGAGACCCAAGGAGACGCCAAGCAACCACCACAGGGGCCCACCAAGGACCCAAUCCCAGUCAUCUUCCAAGCAGUCAUCACCCGUGAGCGGUUUGAAGAGUUGAACGCCGACCUCUUCCAGAAGAUUCUGGCGCCUGUAGAGACAGUGCUGGCCGAGGGCCACCUGGGGAAGGAGGAGGUGGAUGAGAUAGUUCUGGUGGGAGGCUCCACCCGCAUCCCUAGGAUCAGGAAGCUGAUCAGUGAGUACUUUGGGAAGGAGCCCAACACCUCAGUGGACCCAGACUUGGCAGUGGUGACUGGGGUGGCCAUCCAGGCUGGCAUCAUGGGGGGCUCCUGGCCCCUACAGGUCAGCGCUAUAGAGAUCCCCAACAGACACCUCCGCAAGACCAUCUUCAAUUGAUCUAGUCUAGAGGUAGCAAGGAUGCCACCAGACAGAUACUUGCCAUAUUAAAGGAUGGUCUGCAUUCUAACUGUUAAUUGUGCUUCUCCAUCUUCACAAGGUGUGCAAUAGUAUUAUGAGGUUAAAAUAUGAUCUUCAGCUGUAAUAUGUUCUCACAGAGAAACUCAAAUUACACCAUCACUUAUUUACAGUCAACCCAACUUAUUAGACCAACUGUCAUAGAUUGAAAAUUGUGUUCAACUCAGGGAACAACCUUUAUUUCUAGAGAACUGUGACCAGCCAAGACACCUUCAGCUAUUUAUUUAUUUAUUUCUAGUGCUUGUACUGUGGGAGGAGGGGGGGUGUACAUGAGGUGUUGUUUUUCAGUGGACGACAACAUGCUUGUGACUUUUCAGAGAGCUGCACUAUUAGGCUUUGUGCUUAAGUCACCUGAUAUGAAGAACCACCAGUCCUUUAGGGGGUCCUAUUGACGAAGGCAUAAUGCUAUUAGUUUCGGACCAAAUAUUUUUGCACACAUUGUUACUAGCUUUACAUUCAAACGAUAACCCAUACAAAGCUGAGCAUAGGCUAACAGAUUUUCUAAAUAAGGGACAUGCUCAGUAAGUAUUCCACUAACUUAUUAGCCAGCAUCAUCAUUCUGGUGCAAUUGAAUUAAGAAUCACUGGCUGACAUGUGUAAGUAAGUGCCAUAAAAACACAGGACUAGGCUUAUGGUGCCUGUUUGAAGUGUUACCGUGUCUCACAAGACUGCAGGUGGACAGUAAUGGUUGAGGCGUUACAGCCCCUGGAAUUAGAGGACAAACAUGUUUGUUGACAAUUGACAUUCCAUGAUACAGUGAACACAAAUAAUAUACCUUUGAGGUUUGUUCAAGGUAAACAGUUUGCAUGCAUAUCUUGUUGAACGUGCCUCAGAUACUGCAAUACUGUGUGUGGUUAGCGCGUUGGACUAGUAACCGGAAGGUUGCAAGUUCAAACCCCCGAGCUGACAAGGUACAAAUCUGUCAUUCCGCCCCUGAACAGGCAGUUAACCCACUGUUCCUAGGCCGUCAUUGAAAAUAAGAAUUUGUUCUUAACUGACUUGCCUAGUUAAAUAAAGGUAAAAUAAAACAGUUCUCUAGCGAUAUGUUAUAGGAAUUUAUCUGGACCAUUCCAUUUCAACGGAGUAUGUAGGUGAAGAUUUUUGUACUGCAAAUUUUGCUCCUCCAAAUGGCUCCCUUGGAUAUCUGCUUGUACUACAUGCUGCUUUAAAUAAAUCCUGAAUUACCCAAAA